UUUAAUAAAAUAUGUACAAUAUUGUACCAAUUUUUAGAAAGGGUAAUAUUAUAAAUAUGGACAAUGUUCAACCUUGGAAACGAAUUUCAGACAAAGAUAAGCCCCACCAACGGUAAAUACCAUGUAUAAUUGAUUAAUUUCGUAAUACUGUCAAAUAUGAACUACGAAACUUCGUAGCUCCAUUUGAAAUGUUGGACUGGGGAAAAGGCCGCGGCAAAUCAGAGACGAACGGGGACGGCCAGUAAGCGACCCGCCGAGACAAACGCGCCUGAAUAGUCUCAGCCACUUCAACUCACUUCUUAUGAUGUUGUCCAAAGUUGAAAAUAGGAAGAAGAGCGGUGAAGAUUCGGGUAAUAGGAAGUUGUUGAAUGAAAUUGAAGCUAUCAGCAAAGCUUUGUAUUUGGACAAGAACCCUCCAAGGACUUCAUUCUCUGCUUUGAGUACAUGGUCCAAACCAGGUGGGAAAACCCGCUUGCCCGAGCCAAAAUCUAAGCCUAAGAAUAGUAACGAGGACCCAUCUCGUAAAGACAAGAAAUCUAUCUGGAAUUGGAAGCCAUUGAAGGCAUUCUCAAAUGUUAGAAACCGUAGGUUUGCUUGUUGUUUCUCACUUCAUGUACACUCCAUUGAAGGUUUGCCAGUUUGUUUCAAUGGUCUUAGCCUAUGUGUGCUUUGGAAGAGGCGGGAUGGGGGGCUAAUGACUCAUCCUGCUAAAGUUUUUGAUGGAACUGCUGAAUUUGAAGAGAAGAUGACGCAUACAUGCUCGGUAUAUGGUAGUAAAAGUGGACCUCAUCAUUCAACCAAGUAUGAGGCCAAGCAUUUCCUGCUCUAUGCUUCUCUGUUUGGGACACCGGACCUUGAUUUGGGGAAGCAUCGGCUUGAUCUUACACGGCUGCUUCCGCUUACAUUGGAGGAAUUGGAGGAAGAAAAGAGCUCAGGGAAGUGGACAACUAGUUUUAAGUUAUCAGGGAAGGCCAAGGGUGCUACAAUGAAUGUUAGUUUUGGGUAUGUUAUCAUUGGGGAUAACCGUGUGCCACUUGGAGAGAAUCAGGUGAAGCAGAAUAUGGGUAAAGAAGUUACUAGAUUUGGUCACGGUGAUCAGCAGGGCACAAUGAGGAGGGUUGAGAGUCUUCCAAGUUUGGUUGACCUGAAGUCUUUUGGCUCAUCUCAUCUUGUGGAGGAGAUAAAAGAUCUUCAUGAAGUUUUGCCUGUGUCAAAGUCAGAGCUUGAUGAUACAGAAAGCCUAGAUCAGAAAUUUGAUGAUGUCGAGUCAGAUGCUUCUAAGCCUGAACCUGAUGUGUCAACAGAACACUUUGAGCCCAUCAAGCCUCCAUCUUACUUUGGAUCUGAGACAAGUAAGGAGGAUAUUGAAAAAGAAACUGAAGAUGAUGACUUCUCUGUUGUGGAAAAAGGGAUAGAGUUAUCCUCAGAAGAACAAGCUAUAUCAACAGUAGAAAGCUCUCAAGUUGUUGAAACUAAACCUGGCACGGGAGAAGAUCAUGAAAAAUGCUCUCAUUUUCAUGCUUCAAAGGAGGCAAGUAGUAGUAAUCUAAGUGAUGUGGUUGUGGUGCAGGAUUGCAAUUCCAAAGAGGAUGACCAGUGCUCAAAAGAAUCAUUGAUGAGAGAAUUGGAGUUAGCUUUAGAUGGUGUUAUGAAUUUGGGGACGGCUUUAGAUUCUCCUGAUCCCGAACACCCUGACGACUACAUGGAGAAUAAAGCUAAUUAUAAAACUAGUAGGAAAGCGAAGUCACUUGACUUGGACGAAUUAACUGAAUCUGUGGCAAGUGAGUUCUUUAAUAUGCUGGGUCUUGAUUAUAGUCCAGUCAGUUUGACUCCUGAGAUUGAUCCAGAGUCGCCCCGGGAGCGACUACUCAGGCAAUUUGAGGAAGAUGCCCUAGCCAGUGGUUUUUCGCUGUUAGAUUUUGACAUGGCCGAGGGAGAGGACUUUGACACUUCAACGUCUGGUUGGGGUAACUUGACUGAUCUGUCAUUAGUUAUUCAAGAUGUUGAGCUAGAGCAUCAGAUGGCAAAUAAUCAGAGCAACAAAACGAGGGCUAAAGUGUUGGAAGAUCUGGAAACAGAAGCUUUAAUGCGUGAGUGGGGAUUAAAUGACAAGGCUUUCCAGCAUUCUCCACCUGACUCUUCUGGUGGAUUUGGGAGUCCAGUUCAUUUGAUUCCUGAAGAGCCACUUGAAUUGCCUCCUCUUGGUGAAGACUUAGGUUCAUUUCUUCAAACAAAGAAUGGAGGGUUUUUGCGGUCUAUGAAUCCCUCACUUUUCAGCAAUGUUAAAAAUGGUGGGAACCUGAUCAUGCAGGUGUCUAAUCCUGUUGUUGUACCUGCCGAAAUGGGUUCUGGUAUAAUGGAUAUACUUAAGCAAUUAGCCUCAGUUGGUAUUGAAAAGCUUUCUUUGCAGGCAAAUAAGUUGAUGCCUUUGGAGGAUAUAACUGGUAAGACAAUCGAACAAGUAGCAUGGGAAACUACCCCUACCCUGGAGGGACCAGAGAGGCAGUGUUUGUUGCAGAAUGGGUUUGAGGUUGGACGAGCUAUGUCUAGUGGACAAAAGAAAGUCAAAAGAGGACUAUUGAGCUCUAACAAAUGUAGCUCAACCUCUGUUAAUGAGAUGGGCUCAGAUUAUGUAUCUCUUGAAGAUCUUGCUCAACUGGCAAUGGAUAAGAUUGAAGCACUCUCAAUGGAAGGCUUGAGAAUUCAAUCUGGCAUGUCAGAUGAGGAUGCACCUGCAAACAUCAGUGCACAGUCAAUUGGGGAAAUCUCGACCCUUCAAGGUAAGGGGUUUGGUAUUAGGGGGUCUCUUGGUCUGAAUGGAACCGGUGGGUUGCAAUUGUUGGACAUAAAAAACAAUGUUGAUGACUUUGAUGGAUUAAUGAGUUUGUCACUAACUCUUGAUGAAUGGAUGAGACUUGAUUCUGGUGAUAUUUAUGAUGAAGAUCAAAUAAGCGAGCGAACUUCUAAAGUCCUUGCUGCCCAUCAUGCUACAUCAUUGGACUUGAUUGCCAGAGGGUCAAAGGGAGAGAAAAGAAGGGGUAAAAAGUGUGGUUUGUUAGGGAAUAACUUUACAGUGGCAUUGAUGGUGCAACUUCAUGAUCCUAUAAGAAACUAUGAGCCGGUUGGUGCACCGAUGCUUGCACUCAUUCAAGUGGAGAGAGUAUUUGUCCCACCAAAGCCAAAGAUAUACAGAACGGUUUCAGCUUCGAGGAAUGACAAUCAAGAGGAUGAUGGCUCUGAGUCUACAAUGAACAAGGAGGUGAAAGAGAACGAGAUAAAAGAAGAAAGUGCCUCCCAAGAGGAAGAGAUUCCUCAGUUCAGGAUCACAGAAGUCCAUGUUGCAGGCUUGAAGACUGAGCCUGGCAAGAAGAAAUUUUGGGGUACCAAGACCCAACAACAGUCGGGUUCUCGAUGGUUGCUUGCCAAUGGAAUGGGGAAGAGCAAUAAACAUCCAUUAUUGAAGUCCAAGGCACCUUCUAAAUCUUCAACUCCUUCAACAACAAAGGUUCAGCCAGGUGACACUCUGUGGAGCAUCUCGUCUCGUAUUCACGGUAACGGAGCAAAAUGGAAAGAACUGGCAGCCCUGAAUCCGCAUAUCCGAAAUCCCAAUGUUAUAUUCCCCAAUGAAACUAUCAGGUUAAAAUGAGUUGCACGUGAAUUGGAAUCUUGCAAAGGUAUGGUUGCAUAUUCCGUUUGGGUCGUUGUAAAUUUAUAUGCUUUUGAUGAUGAUGAGUGCUUGCUGUAAUUUAUGUCUCAAUGCAAAUGCGUUCU